AUGAGCACCACAGAUGCGAUGGCGGCCCCUACGGGGAGCAAAAUCAGAACCAUUUUGAUAUGCAGCUUCGUGAUGUGCGGCUCUCUCCUCUUCGGCAUCGACAGCGGCGAACUUGGUGGCUUCCAGGCCAUGGAAAGUUUUCUGAAAGACUACGGAUACUUCGACGGAAAAACGGACUCAUACAACAUCCGAACUCGGAUUCAGACCUCGCUGAAUGCUGUGUUGCUUGUUGGGGCCAUACUUGCUUCCAUCUCGGCAGGGCCAAUUGGCACAAAGUAUGGUCGAAGAGUUGGUCUGAUAUGGAUGGGGUUGAUCGCCAUUGUCGGUGUAAUUUUCCAGAUCUCGGUUCCCCAUGUAUGGGGCUUACUCCUUGGUCGCGUUUUCGCUGGAGCUGGCAUUGGUUAUGCUUCAAAUUUCGUUCCCAUUUAUCAAGCUGAGGUUGCCCCAACACAAAUGCGAGGCAUGAUGAUCGCCUUGUACCAGACUGGCAUCAACAUUGGUCAGCUCAUAGGAUCCUGCAUCAACCAAGGGACAUACAAGAUGUCGACAAGAUGGGCAUACAGAAUUCCACUGAUCACACAGCUCAUCUUUCCUACCAUCCUGGUUGUGUUUGCCUCCUUCUUUCCGGAGAGCCCACGUUGGCUGCUCUCGGUUGGUAGGGUGGAAGAAAGUGCCAAGUCCAUCCGCAGGCUCCGCGGAAAGAAAUAUCCAGAGCAUCAAAUCCACGCCGAUGUUGACGACAUCGCCAAACACAUCAGGCUCGAGAAGGAGCUUGAGGGUUCCAGCUCUUUCUUGGAUGCGUUCCGAGGCAGUGAUAGACGCCGCACGCACAUCGCCUGUGGCCUACUCUUGUGGCAAGUUUUGUCCGGCAUCAGUUUCAUCAACGUAUACGGGACAUACUUCUACUCGGUCUCUGGCAUCUCCAACGCAUUUGUUGUCAGUAUCAUCUCCCAAGUCUGUCAGCUAGCUGGCAUCAUCGUGAUGUUUCCAUCGGUUCACUUUCUUGGGAGGAGGACUAUUCUCCUCUGGGGUGCCGCUGCUGAGACCGUAUGCAUGUUCACCUUCGCGAUCGUUGGAACCGUUGCACCCAACAGUGUCGCUGCGGCAAGAUGCCUGGUGGCUUUUAGUUGUUUGUAUGCUUUCUUCUUCACAUGGUCUUGGGGCCCGGUCGCCUGGAUCGUCGCAUCAGAGAUCGGCUCCAAUGUGAUGCGCUCCCGUACACAGGCAUUGGGGUCCGCGGUCUCGUGGGCUGGCACCUUGCUCAUAGCAGUGGUUUUGCCUUAUUUGAUCAACCCAACAGCUGCCGAUCUCGGCGCAAAGGUUGGAUUCAUUUUUGGGGUUACAUGCUUGCUUGGUUUCGUCUGGGCUCUGUUUUUCCUCCCAGAGACCAAAGGCCGUUCUCUCGAGCAACUUGAUGAGCUGUUUUUGAAUGGUGUGUCGGUAAAAGAAUUUAGCACCUAUCAGUGCCGUGGCCAUGUCGAGUAUGAAAGAGACGGCGUGAUCACAACAGCUGAGCUCAGCGAGGACACAAAAGAAGUCGUGACAAUCCAUACGGAGGACACAAAGACCUCUUGA